AUGAAAAAGCUCGCCAGACGGAGCACACGUCUGGAGAGAGCAAUGAAAGAACUAGGAGACAACUACCUCGUUGGUGUUGCUUCUGGAAGGAGCAUGGAUUCCGGCCGACAGGCUACCGAAGAAACCGACGUUGACAAGGCUUCGACAAUUUCCACCACAGACUCCUCCGGUGCCAGUGGAGCGCAGACUUUUGUUGACUUCGAUGAAGCUAUGGCUAGUAGCGGCUUUGUCAGCAUCUAUUCAGACGAAUAUCCUGUAGUGUCUGUCAGACCUUCUGAGAAUGAUGCAGACAUCGUUUUCGAGUCAGAAGUUUCACAACCUCUCAGUGGCUCUGAGAGUGAAUCUGGCCGUGUUGAGUAUCAGAGCGAAUCCGAGGAUGUUGCCUCCUCGUCUGCAUAUGAGACCAGCUCAAGUCGACCUGAGACGCGUGACUCGGUGGUUGUCCUGACCAGCUCCCCGAGGGUCAACACCGCUGACUAUCCUGAGUCUGUUGCUUCUAUGGGCUCUCCCUCCGAGUCCAUUAGCGGUUACGACCGAGACUCCCUGCCCUCCUACUCAGCGGCUGUUGUUGGCGGCUACCAUAUGGAAUCUGAGCCGGGGACUUUCCCGUGUCCUCCCGUUGACACUAGCUCCCGGGAGCUACGCGAAGAUCCACAUUCCGCCGAGGCAGACCUGGAUUUUGCGCUUGAUCGCUUCAAUCUCGAAGAGGACGCAGAGUUGGAUGUGGAGAGCCGCUCCUUGGCUGCGUCUUCAUCUCAGGGUACUUCGACUACUUCGUCUACCUUCUCGGACUCCACCUGUAGCUCUUCUGAAUGCUAUGUGUCGGACAGUGACGACAGCGGUGACUCCGAUGAGGAUGAAGGCAGAUCUCAUUCUGAUAGCACCGAUGGUGAUGGAAACCAGAAUAGAGAAGACAGCAAUUCUGACGCUUCCCAAGGGUCUCGCUACGGUUUCGAAGACAGUGUUGACGGCAAUACCACUGAGGAAUAUGACAGUGAUGACAGUUCCAAUGAAUCUGAAAGCGACGACCUGAUCCUUUUGUUCACUAUUGCGAAUUUGGAUCCAGAGGAUCUGAUUCCUAUGAGUGAUGGGUCUGGUUACAGCAGCUCUGGUAGUUCUUACGACAACUGCUACGCAUAUCAGUCUGAUGUUCAGAAGGUCGCGGGUCUUGCUUCCGGACCCCCCAGCUCCAGCUACGACUACUACGACCAAAUGUCUUUCAUUUCCUCAGAGGUUCCCCGUAGCCUCGACACCAAGAUGAGGGAAGAGCUGGGGAUUACUGUAGGUCAGAUUGAUGUCGUCGACCAUAACAAUUCCUCGGAAGAACGACUUGACUCUUCCUUGUCCCAGUUCAAUGAGACUGGAAGCCGCGGGAGUAUUCUGGGAAACCUCCAUCUGGGACGAGAUUUGUGGUCAGAGCUUUCUCGGUCUCCACCCCCUCCGAAGUCUCCAACCCCUUAUCCUAUGGAGUCUCUGUCGCCUGUUCUUGUUCAAAAGAAAUUCAAAUGGGAUGUGCCCCCUGCUGCCCCAUUCCCCAAGCCUCGCAUGACUUUUGAGGAAACUAGUCCAAAGGCGUGCGUGGAGCCCGAGAGGUUUUUCGAUGUUCCCCAAUCCAUGGAUGUGUUCCCCCCUCUUCCUUUUCCCCCUGCCCCAGCUCUUAGCGUGACUGUCACUGAAGCCUCUGAAGUUCAGUCACAUGACUACUUCCCCUCCACUGUUGUGAGCUGUGAAGAUGCGCGACUUGAAGAUACCUUGAACCUUGGUGCCCACUCCUUUCGUCGUCGAGUGUCAAGACGGAUCUCUUUCACGCACACACGACUCCGACUGGAUAUUUGGAACAGCAUGGCUGAUAUCCUUUGUGGUCAUGGUCUCCCUGGUGGCGCUUUUCCAGAGAGGAAAGAUAUUGAACAGAUGGAGAGGCAGAGUACCUCUGCGUUUCUUUCUGACCCUAUGGACAGUGAUCAUCUUGGACUCUCCACUUCAUCUGCAGAGGUGGAUGAGCUUGAUUUGGAAGCUAGCGAUCUUGACGAUGACCUAAUGCUUCGACUCAGACGAUACAGCAUGGUCGACACCGGUACCAAGAUUGAGCAUAUCGACGAAAUUUUUGUGAGUCCUCAUUCGCAGUACGCCCCAGCCAGCUCAUCUUUCUGUUCCACAUCUGACUAUAACUCGUCUGGGCUCACCCCAACACCAGACACAUCGCCACAGGAUUUCCUCCCCACUGAUGAUGUUAUAGGGAAGGCUCCUCUCGCGUGCAAAACUGUGGUAAUGUCCUCAGAGGGCUCUUCCGACUUACCUACUUCCGAAUCUUCUCUUGGAGACCUGGCCGCUUUCCCCGAAGCAAGCCCUAAUUCCCUGGGGUCAUGCUCGGUAGUGGUAGUUAAGGGAGACGUUGGCUCAGCCUCCUCCUCGUUGGUUAUUUCGAAGCCUUCUCCAACUGCUGAAUCUAUUGGGCAAAGAUCGUCGUAUUCAGACCGUCUAGAGGCUGGAGCGCGAAGUGAACAAACAUCCGGCGAUUUUUCUUCAAACCUACCGAGCACCGCAGAUAUCUCUGCUUCCUUGAGCUCAUCAACUCGAGCCAAUGACACCAGAGAUACAUCUUCUUCAGGACCCUACACUUCAUCUGCUGAUGUGUCUGGCUCGCCAACACCCAGCUCGUCUAGGCAUCUGAGCUCUUCGAAUGCCAACUCAGGCAGCAAUGAUUCCAAGUCAACCUGCAGCCCUCUGAUUCUGUUUGACCCUUCCUCGACAUGUAGAAGCACACCUUCUCUACCAAGACUUCGAAGAAUCUGUCUUUAUUCCCCCGCUAUGGUCUCGUCCGAGUCAGAGGCCGACGAGAUAAAACACGAGCUGUUGGAUGCUGUCUCUGACGCGGCAUCUGUAAUUACUGGGACAGCAACUGUGAAUGUUCUUUCGGACGUGAGUGGCACAGCCAAGGAGAGACCAACUGCCAUUCCGUCGGUGCCGCCUGCUCCUUUCCCCUCCCAUCGUGUGGCCUCUCCGGGCAUUGUUUCUAUUGUGCCUUACCAGCCUCCUAAUGUUCCAUUUUUACCUUCAACAGAGGGUCGCAAGGAUAUUGCAGCCAUGACCACCAACCUGCAGUCCGAGCUGUCGAGCUAUUUCGAUACCCCCAAAAAGUAUAAGGGUAAGAUGGUUCUCGGUGAUGUGUCAGCUGGUGUUUUGGGCCAGUCAACUCCUACAUCUUCUAACAUCACGGACGAGAACCUUAUGGAUGUUCCCGGAUCUUGUAGUGUCUGCGUUGUGGGCUCUCCCCAUCCCAACUCUGGUUCGGCUUCUACGCGAAGUUCCAGAAAACGAAGAAGGGAGAAGUCCGAUGGGGAAAGUUCUCCAAGAUUACUUGUCUCCCUGAAAGAGAAGGUGAAGCGCUCCUUCAAGUCUGAGUCCAAGUUACGAAAAAGCGAGCUGGAGGAUCUUGCUGCUGCGGCCGCCGGAUUCGCCUACAAAAGCCCAACUUGGAAGAGUCCUUCAUGGAAAAGUCCCACUUUCAAGAGCCCCUCUUGGAAGAGUCCAUCUCAUUAUAACAACAAUGAUACAAUGAAGCGGCAUACUAUCAGCAAAUUCUUCAGCCGGUCCCGUGACGCCACCCUGCGUGACUGA